AUGCCUCUCCAUCAAUUCGACUACCUCUUCGCCCUCGGCACCAUCUUUGCCUUUCUCGACGCCUGGAACAUCGGUGCCAACGAUGUCGCCAACUCCUGGGCCUCCUCCGUCGCCUCCGGCUCCGUCUCCUACAUCGGCGCCAUGUCCCUCGCCGCCGUCAUGGAAUUCUCCGGCGCCGUCGGCGCCGGCGCCCGCGUCACCGACACCAUCCGCACCGGCAUCGUCGACACCGAACGCUUCGCCACCAACGCCCCGCUCCUCAUGCUCGGCAUGGUCUGCGCCGUCGCCGCCUCCUCCAUCUGCCUCACCGUCGCCACCAAGCUCGGCAUGCCCGUCUCCACCACCCACGCUCUCAUGGGCGGCAUCAUAGGUUUCGGCGUCGCGGCCCUGGGCACGGGCGGCCGGCGUCGUCCAGGUCUUCAUCUCGUGGAUCCUGGCGCCGUUCUGGCCGGCGCCUUCUCGGCCACCAUCUUCACCAUUACCAAGUUCGUCGUGCUGCUCCGCAAGAAUCCCGCCCUCAAGGGGCUCAUCUUCUUCCCCAUCUACUUUGCCCUCACCGGCUCUCUCAUCGUCAUGCUGCUCGUUUCCAAGGGUGGAUCGAUCAACAUCCCCGAGGGACAAGUUGCUGGCGUCAUUGCCGCCGUUGGACUAGCCCUCGGUACCUUGGUUGGAGUCUUCCUCGUUCCUUGGCUAUACCGGACCGUGGUUUUGGAUGACUGGGAGCUCAAAUGGUACGAUAUCCCUCAAGGACCCUUCCUACUCCGCCGCGGUCCGGUCCCUCCUCGUCCGCAGGAAGACCCUGUCUACGGCGACCGAAGUCCCCGCCUCAGCCUCAACCUAGAGAGUCGUCCUGUCACGGUUGACUCUGAAACAGGAAUGGCAAAGGAGGCCAGAGUGACCGUCACUGAGCGCCCAACCCCUCCCCGAAAGUCUCUUGUCGGUCCCCGUCCCGACGGCCCCUGGCACAACAAGGCCGUGCUCUUCUGGGCGCUCAAAUGGGCCGUCUUCCACGGCGUGGACCAGGAUGUCGUCAACAUGCAGAACGAGACGGACGCCUUGAGCGGCAAUAUCAAGGACAUGCACGCUCGCGCCGUGCGCUAUGAUGGCAAGGCAGAGCACCUGUUCAAGUUCUUGCAAGUUCUCACGGCUUCGACGGCCUCGUUUGCCCACGGUGCCAAUGAUGUCUCCAACGCCAUCGGUCCCUAUGCUACCAUCUUUCAAAUCUGGAAUGAUGGAGUCUUGAGGAACAAUGUUGGCGUUCCAGUCUGGAUCCUUCUCUUUGGUGCCUUUGGAAUUGUUCUUGGCCUGUGGACCUACGGCUACAACAUCAUGAAAAAUCUCGGAAACAAGGUCACCCUGCAAUCGCCUUCACGAGGUUUCUCUAUCGAAAUGGGCAGCGCCAUUACUGUAAUCAUGGCUACUAGGUUUGGACUCCCCGUUUCUACCACACAGUGCAUCACUGGUGCUACAGUCGGAGUCGGAUUGUGUAAUGGUGACUGGAGGGCCAUCAACUGGCGCAUGGUCGCCUGGAUUUACAUGGGCUGGUUCAUCACUCUUCCCACCGCAGCAACUGUAUCCGGUGGCCUGAUGGCUUUCAUCAUCAAUGCUCCAAGCAGGGGGUCCGUCCUAUAA